AUGAACAGGGAGAAGGGAAUCGAAAACGUUGAAGCUCGUGAUUCAUGCAUAUUAACAGCUGUAAAUUUUGCGUUCAUGCCAGCCAUAAGUUUUCUCAAGUUGGAUGGUGCAGAAGUUUCUGGAGAUUUUGCAGGUGUAUUUCCGAGUUUAAGGUGGCUUUGUUGGCAAAGGUUUCCUCUGGAUUUUAGAGCAGAAAAUUUUGUAUUAAGAGAGUUAGUUAUUCUUGAUCUGUCUUGGAGCAAAGUCACGGAAGAAUGGGGAGGUUGGAGUAAAAUCAAGAUGAAGAAAUUGAAAGUCUUGAAUCUUACCGGGUGUUCUGACUUACUGUUCACUCCUGACUUCUCUGAUUACAAAGAUUUGGAAAUCCUGAUUCUUGAACGAUGUUCUCAUUUGGUGAAGCUAGAUCCUUCAAUUGGCAAUUUGAAACAUUUAGUUUACCUGAAUUUGAAGUUCUGCUCCCAAUUGAACUGGUUGCCAGUGGAACUAGGUUGUACGACAGCUCUGAAAGAGCUUUUUAUUGACGGGACUUCUGUACGGCAGAUCCCCAUCUCCAUAGGCAAUUUGAAGCAACUCGAAAUUCUCAGUGGCUUAAAUUGCUUCCCAUUGACUCACCUGCCCAGUUCAAUUUGUUAUCUGACUGUUCUCUCUGAAUUCUCAUUAGAAGGUGCCAAAAUUUCUAAGCUCCCGAGCUCACUGGGAAAGCUGCAAAAGCUAAGACGCUUGUCAUUGAGGGAUUGCCGUUGUUUGGAGAAACUUCCAUAUUCCAUCGGUGAAAUUGGGUCAUUAGAGGAGUUGGAUAUAUCGGCGACUAGUGUCUCUGAACUCCCAGAUUCAGUAGGAAAUCUGAAAAGCUUGAAAGUGCUGAGAAUGGACUCAUCUUUCAUUCGAGCAUUUCCUGGGCAGAUUGGGUAUCUAACCAAGCUCGAAGAACUACAUGCGUCCUGGUGUUGGAGUUUGAAGGGGGCCAUUCCCCAUGAUAUUAAGGGACUACAUUGUCUGAGAUCAUUGACGCUGGGCCAUUCCAGUAUAUCUAGCCUACCCCCUGCAAUCUCCACCAUCGGUGGUCUUCACACCCUGGAUUUAAUUCAGUGCGAUGAAAUUGAAGAGUUGCCGAAGCUUCCCCCGUCUCUAAUUUGUCUGCGUGUGAGUUCUGAAAGGAUGAAAGCGAUACCCCUUCUUGAAGAUUUGAAGGAGUUGGAGGAGCUGUGCCUAAGUGAUGGGGACUGGGAGGCACGCCGACCUCCCUCCAAACUGCCAAUGCCAGAAUCCAACGUGAAACGAAUGAUUGACAAACAAUCCUUCUUGAUAUCUUUUCCCAGACUGAGGAAACUAGAACUUUCUCUUUCGCAAGUUAUCAAGCUGAAGUUUGGGCCUACGGAUAUUCCUCCCCUCAAAAGGCUCAAAAUGCUUACCCCCCCUGGUUUGAGCUGUAGAGAUGUAUCUGAGCUUCCCAAGAAGCUGUUAUCGUUCAAGCUCUACCACUCUGCGAUAGAAGAGAUUGAAGGGCUUGAAGGGCUUGAAGCCCUGAAGAGGCUAGAUAUAUCAAACUGCAAAAUACAAAAUCUCAAUGGGAUUGGCCAGAUAACCUCACUGAGGAGUUUGAUUCUAUCUGACUGUGAUGACCUCAGUUUACCUGAUCUAUCAAACUUGAAGUCGCUGAAAGUUUUAGAGAUCAUUCGAUGCAAAAAGAUCAGUCAAAUUGAAGGCCUAGAAAAAUUAACAUCUUUGGAAAAGCUGAAUAUCAGUGAAUGUCCGGCUGAGAAGUCGGCGCAAGUACAGGAUGCAUUGAAACCUCCUAUGCCCAACGGGAGAGAGAGAGAGAGAGAGAGCGAGCGAAUUGGUCCGGGCGGGGCGUUUCUAAUAAUUCUCCGACUUAUGGCUCCUGAAGAUGUGGCUGCUGGAAGGAAGAGAAAAUGCCCGGAAUUAUCUUCAUUGAUCACAGAUCACCUUCAUAGCAGAUUGACAAAGGCAGGAAUCAAAGUCUUUAGAGAUGACGAAGAGCUCCGUGCCGGAGAAGAGAUCCAUCCGAAGCUAAAAAACGCAAUCAAGCAGUCGACGAUCUCAAUAGCUGUCUUCUCUAAGGAUUAUGCUUCCAGUAGAAGUUGCCUCAUGGAGGCGGUACAAAUGUGGGAGUGCCGAGAAUUGAAUGGACAGACUAUCAUCCCGAUUUUUUAUGAUGUUAGUCCCAACGAUGUAAAACGCCAGGCUGGGGAUUUCGGAAGGUCCUUCGAGAAACAUGUGCAGAAUGGAGUCAACGCAGAUACCAUACUCAGCUAUCUCGAAUUGGGACAUUCAUUCGUCGACUAG